CGAUCCUGGCCAUCUCAUUACCUGCUUUGUUUAAAUAAAUAUUUACCUGGACCAAGCGAUCAAUGCCACUAACGUAGACGUAAUCAUCAUACGCCACCGCUGACCACCAGAGGGCGCACCUCACCAGCUUUAUUGCUCGAUUCUGGCGUAUUCGGAUUUGUUCUGUCUUUCUGCGGCCGGUGUGAUACCCACUAGCUUUUUGGCACGCUAACCCCCGUUAAAAGCUAUGCCUGGAUACACUGUCAUAUAUUUCUGCUGUUUUCUGCUCCCCUUUGUGCCUACUUGCAUUGCUUUUAACGACGGAAACUCAGAAAAACAGGAAAGAAGUGAUUCACAUGUCUUUGACCAUCUUACUGAAGUGCGGGAUGUGAUAUUUGUGAUACGGAGUCAGAAAAACUCAUAUCAUACCCACAGGGCUGAACAAAGAAGAACAGAGCUUCUCCAUGAGGCUCAAAUCCUAAACCAGAGUUCACCAGAUGUUGUGCUCCUUCACAAGCUGUCAGAUUAUGAUGGGAACUGGAGCGUUCUUCCGGCACUGCCGCGCCUUGUCUCACGGUACUGUCAAACAUCUUCAUGGAUCGUGUUUUUGGAAGAAGAGACCAACGUGAACUUAAACAACCUUCUGCAGGUGCUGAGCAAAUUCACCACAAGAAAGGAGUGGUUUCUGGGCAGACCCCUCAAUGAUGAUGAACCAACAAUUAUCCACCACUACGCUUUCUCAGAGAACCCCUACAGCUUCAGUUAUCCUGAUUUCAUGGCUGGCUGGGCCCUCAGUUGCCCCCUGGCUAAGCGAAUUGCAGAGCGUGUGAAUUAUGAGCCGCCCAAAUCGGAUUUCACGAUUGACCUUCAACAUGAGAUUGCCAUGUACAUUUGGGAAGAAGGGAGAGGUCCUGCUUUGACUGCGGUGAAUGAGUUUUGCUCAGAGCCACAGAGCUCGUUCUCAACAGGAGACUGUGCUACAACCGUCAACACCUACUCGUCUGCCUGUGGAAAACCUGUGCAGAAGGAGGACAUCUUUGUUGCUGUUAAAACAUGUCAAAGAUUUCAUGGAGAUAGAGUUCCUUUAGUUAAACAGACAUGGGAAAAAGACGCUGCCUCGUUGGAAUACUACAGUGACAUCACAGACCCAUAUAUACCCACAAUCCACUUGGGAGUCCCUAACACAGAGAGAGGGCACUGUGCAAAAACAUUUGCCAUCCUGAGGAGGUUUGCGAGUGGGGCGGUAACACAAGCUCCUUGGUUGCUCAUAGUGGAUGAUGAUACACUGAUCAGUCUACCCAGACUCCGGAGGCUGCUGAGUUGUUAUGAUCCAAAAGAAGCAGUGAGUGUUGGAGAACGUUACGGCUAUGGGCUUCUCAGGGAUGGCUACAGCUACAUCACAGGAGGUGGAGGGAUAGUGUUCAGUAGAGUAGCGGUGCAGAAUAUUUUGGCAGGUGGCUGCGGCUGUCGCAGUUCGGAUGCCCCUGAUGACAUGGUGUUGGGGAUGUGUCUAACCACACUGGGAAUCCCGGUCACACACAGCCCACUAUUCCAUCAGGCCCGUCCACAUGAUUAUGUGAAAGAGCUUCUGGCACGGCAGAACCCAAUCUCUUUCCACAAACACUGGAACAUCAACCCUGUGGCCAUCUACCAGCACUGGCUCGCAGAACCCAGACAGAAGAGACCACACUUGCUCACAAAGACCAGAGAGGAGCUGUAGAUGAAGCUUAUGGAGUGAGUGUAUUUCAAAAUUACAAAAAAUUAUCCUAUGUUUUGUUAAAACAUAGGACAAAAACUUUUUUUUUCCUUAAAAUAUCACACAUUACAGAAGUAAACUGGGUAAAAUAUGAGCUUUUUGGCUUUUUUUCAUGGAAAAGUUCAUUUAUUUCAGUAGUUCAACUCUUAAUUGUGAAACUUGUGUAUUAAAUGUAUGCAGUGCACACAGACUGAAGUAGUUUAAGGCUUUGGUUCUUUUAAUUGUGAUGAUUUUGGCUCACAUUUAACAAAAACCCAUCAAUUCACCCUCUCAACUUCAAGAGUACUAAACUAAGUUCUCUUUCGUUUCUUAUUGUGCUUAAACUGUCAAAUACACACAAGUUUAUGUUAAAAACACACGAGUUACAAAAACAGUCAGUUAUGUGUGUGAAGGUAAACAGCUGGGAAAGAAAUUGCAUGUUUAUAUUAAAUCUGUGUGGGAGCAGCUAACAUACAGCAAAUAAAUCAAUAAAUCCACUGCUCUCUUGUCUCCUCUAAGGCUGAGACUCUAAAUAGUGUUUUGUGCUUGUCUAUACAGCCAACGACAGAACAGUUAGCAUGCUUUGCUCAAAGUUUUGCCGAAACGUUAAAAUAGUAUACCGUUGUCGCUUUCAAAAACAAAAUGAUGCUACCAAGGGUGUAAACGUGCAGAUUAAGGGGCCGUAAUAUUAUAAUAAGAUUCCCUUACCAUGUUAGGGGGGAACAGAAUUUUUUACAUGUUUGAAGAAAAAGGUUUACCAAACCAAAGUUACUGGGUUGUCCUUUGUCCGUUUUCUGGGUUGGUAGAUGCACUGGAGACCCGAUUAUAGAUUUUCAUUAUUUGUCACCUUUAAGGUCAUAAACUGUCUUAUUCAUAAUGAUGAUGCUGUUAUAAACGGAAGUUGUGGAUUUAGAUAAAUUGGGUGCUUUCGAAUACAUUUUCUGUUUUACAGUGGUGUUAAACAGAUGGUGUUUGAUUUGAUAAUUGAAACUGAAGUGUAAAACUUGUUCAGAUCUAUUUGUACAAUAAACAUAUAAAUCACUUUGUCUGUGCUACAAUAAAUAAACCUGAGAUACUUAUGCACCAUUUACAACGUUA